AAUCCCCUCCCUGAUCGGGAUCCCCCUGGUCAUGCACAAGCUCGGCACCAAACCCAUCAACCGUCCCUCCGACCUAGACAACCAGAUCGCAACCUACCUCAACAUCGACCCCGAAUCCGGGUUUGCACCGAUGGAAUGGCAGGCAGGACGCAUCGGCACUGUUGUGGUUGGCGCGCAAGGACCGCAAGCCGCUGCUUGUGCAUCAUCCGGAGGGGGUGUGGAUGUAUUGUGAUUAUAUUUUGGAUCGGUUUGGGGAGGGCAUGGGUGCGCCGAGGGAGUUGUAUAAUCGGCCGGCGUUUGAGAGGUGGUGGAGGAGGUAUUGUGAGGAGCAG